AUGAACCUUAAAAUCACCAUCAAUUAACAAGCCUCAAUAAGUGAGAAACUAAUUAUAGCCAAUUUAGAAUAAUUACUCAUCUUUAGAGAUAAUACCUUCAAUAAGAUUGAUUGUGAUUAAUAAAUAACACUCAAAGAUGCAGUUCAGAUUUCGUAGAUUUUGAAUGAUUAGGGAGUCCUAAAUUAUGAAGGAGAGAUUAAUGAAUAAAUUACAACUUACUUAGAAGCUUGUGGAUUGUACAGUUAAGGUUAAGGGUAGUUUAUAAAAAGAACAUUAUAAACUAAGAAAAUCAAUAUUCCAUAAUAAGACUUCAAUAAUUGCUAUGGGAAAUACGAUUACAUUGAAUAAAAAUUUUAAAAUCAAAUCAAUUUUUUCAAAUAAGUUGAUCUCAAAGGGAACCAAGAAACCAUUGAUGAAAAUGAAUUAUUGAAUGAUGGUGUUGAAGUGAAAUAAGUGGAAAGUUGUGCAUCAAAGCCCAGAGCAUGUGCAAAUUGCACAUGUGGAAGAAAAGAGAUGGAAGAGAAAUAAGAUAAAGAAUAGUUAUUAGAAUAAUUAAAAAAUAAUUCUGUAAAAGGUUGCGGUAGUUGUUAUCUAGGAGAUGCUUUUAGAUGUGCAAAUUGCCCAUUCAGAGGAUUGCCUGCAUUCAAAGAUGGAGAAUAAGUGAAAGUCUUGUAAGAUGACGUAUUUUUAAAAGAAAAGGAGGAGACCGAUUAAAUUAAAUUGGAGAAUGGUAAAGUCAAAUUAAUGAUUUGAUAUAUGAAUGAAUAAUUAUUUAUGAUAUGCAUUAGUUGAUUAUAAAAUAAAC